AUGUCUUCAACAAAAGCGCCCGAGCUCGAGCUCGCGCCGUUCCUCAAAUCAGCGCUACCCCAAGAAAACAGAGCUUCAUUGCGGGACUCGGUCAUUCCUCAGCUUUUAAGCGCUAUUGCAGAUAUUGGCAAAGGGCUAAGAGGAUCAUAUGAUGUUUCCAUCGUCGGCACAGAGAAUGCUUUUGGUGAUGAGCAGCUGAACGUUGAUGUUCUGGCCGAGAACAUUAUUCGUGACAGUAUUGCUAAGUCAUCAGCUAUCAAAACUGCCAGCAGUGAAGAGGACCCUGUCGAGAAGCCAGCUCGCGCAGGAGAGACAACGCAGGCUGAUAGCAGUGCUGAGCAAUACACUGUUGCUUUCGAUCCUCUUGAUGGAAGCUCUAUCAUCGGACCCAACUGGUCCGUGGGUACAAUUGUCGGCAUCUGGGACGGCGUGACUGCAGUUGGGCAACCUACAGAGAAACAAAUCGCCUCUGUUCUUGGAGUAUUCGGUCCACGAACCCUCGCCAUUGUUGCCCUUCGAGUCCCAGGAUCUAAGCCUGUAUGCUUCGAAGUCAGCCUCAACGACACCCAAAGGUUCGUCGUGGCGCGACCUGAGCUUCGACUCGCUGAGCCUCCCUUCAAAACACGCUACUUUGCACCCGCCAACCUCCGAGCCGCCGCCGAGAAUGAGAAGUACAUGAACCUUGUGACAAAGUUCAUCACUGACAAGUACACUCUACGGUACUCGGGGGGUCUCAUCCCUGAUAUCUAUCAUGCUUUAGUCAAGGGUCACGGCGUGUACAUCUCACCAGUAACUUCUGCUAGCAAGGCUAAGCUGCGAAGACUUUACGAGCUGCUUCCUGUAGCGCUCGUUGUCGAGUGCGCAGGUGGACAGGCCAUUGACCCUGAGACGGGUGCGAGAGUAUUUGAUACUAUAUUGAAGGGGUGUGAUGAUAGAGCUGGGUUGGUUUGUGGAACUUCGGAGGAGGUUGAGAAAGUGAAAAAGGCACUGUUGGGAUAG